AUGUCUUCGGCCGAGGAAUCGCCUGCCCAACAGGCCGCGCGCCUACGCCGCGAACGCCGCGAGGCCAAGAUCAAAGCUGGAGGAAGUGCCCGACUGGAUAAAAUUACGAGUCUGAGCGGACGAACGCCAGCCAGUGCGCACCAAGAUGCUUCUCCUUCUCCCUCCCCUCAACCACGACUUCAGAACGAGCCCGCUCCAAAUCUUCCUGGACAACAACCACAAGCUACGCCCCGACCUACUCCCCCGGCAUCCGACAACCCUGAAUCGAUCCGUGCACAGCAAGAAUACUUGAGAGCCCUACUACGAGCCAACCCGCCCGAGCAGCAAUCGCAGCAGGAGAUCGAUCAAGACCCGGUGAUGAAAAUGUUAAGCUCUAUGCUAGGCGGCAUCCCCGGUGCAGAAAAUACGGCCCCUGGCGCGGGGAUGGCACCUCCAGCUCAGGGUGACUUGGGGGCUAAUGAUUUGAUGUCCGCCCUCGGACUUCCGCCAUUACUUUCUAAGAUGAUCUUCGGAGGAGGGUCUUCGCCACAGACGCCCGCAGAGAGAAACCGCGAAUGGGUAUUGAAAUUACUGCACUCGGUCUUUGCCUUACUCUUAGGAGCCUACCUGGUCAUUCUGGUGAACUCGGCUGUUGCGACUUAUGGGCACAAUCCGCCACCGCCUGCAACAGCACAGAGUCCUUUUGUGAUUUUCGUGACAGUGGAGCUGUUGUUAAGCGCAGCCAGGAUGUUUUGGGGACAGGCUCAACAGGGAACUCUGGCAGUUGGACUGCAGUUUUUUAAGAGUGUCAUGAGGGAUGGCAGUAUCGCUGUUUUUGCCCUCGGGGUUGGAUCAUGGUGGAACGGUGGUUGGCAGGUAUCGGCGAGUCAGUAG